AUGGACACAGAAAUGAGAGAUGCGGCGAUCCACCCGCCGCAGACCCAAGUGUCCGCUGAGGUAGAUAUGAUGGACAUUGAUGGCCCAGUCGUGACAAGUGUUUCGGCGGGACCCACGAGUGCCCCGGAAGAGGAAGAUGAUUUGGCCAAUGCCGACGAUACUGACCGGGAAGACGAAGAACAAGACGAAGAGCAAGACGGCACAAAGAAGCUGAUUGUCAAUCCCGCACCCAAACCACGCAAGAUUUCGGAGCGCAAACGAGCAGACCAUGCAGCGUUCGAGGAGUGGAUCGAAGAGAAUCAAGAAACCUUCGCCAAGGGCGUGGAAAAGCUCGUCGUCGCCGACGAUGUCAAGUCAUUCCAGACCCUGAUCCGGGACUUUGAGAACAAGCGGAUCAUCUCGAGCCCGCGCGACUACCAGCUGGAGCUGUUUGAGCUGGCCAAGAAGCAGAAUACCAUCGCCGUGCUUGACACAGGUUCGGGCAAGACCCUGAUUGCGGCCCUGCUGCUUCGCUGGACGAUCCAGGCCGAGCUGGAGAACCGGUCCAAGGGCGCGCCAAAACGUAUUGCUUUCUUUUUGGUCGACAAGGUUGCGCUGGUGUUCCAACAGCACGCGGUGUUGACGUGCAAUCUGGACUACCCGGUGGAGAAGUUCUGCGGGGACAUGGUCGAGGACGUGUCCAAGGCGUUUUGGGAGAAGACGUUUUCUGAGAACAUGGCGAUUGUCUGCACCGCCGAGAUCCUGUAUCAAUGCCUGACGCAUUCGUAUAUCCGGAUGCAGGAGAUCAACCUGCUGGUGUUCGAUGAGGCACACCAUACCAAGAAGAACCACCCGUACGCACGCAUCAUCAAGGACUUCUACAUCGAGGUCGAGGACCAGGACCAACGGCCGCGCAUUCUCGGCAUGACUGCCUCGCCCGUGGACGCGCAGAUCGACCCCAAGGUGGCGGCAGCCGAACUCGAGGCGUUGUUGCACAGCCAGAUCGCGACGGUGGCUGACCCGGCUGCGCUGCAAAACAGCAGCAGCCGGAUCAAGCGUGAGGUGAUGGUUGAGUAUGCACGACGGCCGCCCAACUGGGAGACGGAGCUCAACCAGGCCAUCGGCAAGUUGGUCGGAGAGUUCCGGGUGUUCCAGAAGCCGCUGGCGUUCACGACCAGGGCCGCGGCUGAACUGGGUCCGUGGUGUGCGGAUCGGUACUGGCAGCUGUACUUUGAAGACGAAGACAGUAUCCGGCACGAGUCCAAGGCGGAGCGGGAGAUCCUACGGCAGUCGGCGUACAGCAUGGGCAUGAGCGAGAAGAUCGACAAGGUCAAGGAGGCGCACGGUCUGGUGAAGCAGCACCAGUUUGCGCGACCGAGCCUGGAGCAGCUGUCGCACAAGGUCAGGAUGCUGCUGAAGAUCCUGCGGGACCAGUUUUCGAGCGUGGACCACGAUCGGCGCUGCAUUGUGUUUGUGAUGCAGCGGAACGUAGCGACGCUGCUGGUAGAUCUGCUAAAGCAGCCAGAGAUGAGGAUCCCUGGACUGGAGCCUGGUGUUUUGGUUGGGGGCGGUCGGCCUGAGGGAAGCCAUGACGGCUCCAAGGUGACGUAUCGCGACCAGGUCUUGACCAUCGUCAAGUUCAAGCGAGGCGAGAUCAACUGCGUGUUUGCCACCUCCGUAGCCGAGGAAGGGCUCGACAUUCCCGACUGCAACGUGGUCGUCCGAUACGACCUCAACACCACGCUGAUCCAAUACAUUCAGUCCCGCGGGCGGGCACGCCGAGCCGGGUCGGUCUACAUCCACAUGGCCGAGAGGGGCAACGUUGAACACUUGCAACGGCUACGGCAGAACCAGAACAGCGAGGACGCGCUGCGCAAGUUCUGCGAGGCCAUGCCCGAGGACCGGAAGCUGACGGGGAACAACUACAACAUGGACUACUUCCUGCGCAAGGAGAAGGGCCAGCGGCAGUAUACCGUACCAUCGACGGGGGCCAAGCUCAACUACAAGCAGAGCCUGAUUUGCCUGACUGCCUUCGUGGCCUCACUGCCGCACCCGCCCGAGGUCAAUCUCUCAGCCGACUACGCCGUGUUGUCCGUUCCAGGUGGCUACCAGGGCGAGGUGAUUCUACCAGAUGCUUCGCCUAUCCGCAACGCGACGGGGCGCAUCUAUGCGAACAAAGCGGUGGCCAAGUGUUCGGCGGCUUACGAGAUGUGCCUGAAGCUGAUCCAGGGCAAAUACCUGGACGAGCACCUCAAGCCCAUCUUCGCCAAGCAGCUCCCCGCAAUGCGCAAUGCCCGGCUGGCCGUCAGCUCCAAGAAGCGCGAGCAGUACAAGAUGCGCCUCAAGCCCGAGAUCUGGUCGGGGCGGGGCGAGCCUGUGGCGAUGUACAUCACAGUGUUGACGCUGGCCAGCCCAGAAGUGCUGGGUCGGCCAUCAGCACCGCUGCUGUUGCUAACGCGGCAGCCGGUACAGCAGGUCGCGUCGUUUCCGCUGUACUUUGGCGGCGGGAAGUCCUCCGCGGUUGAGUGUGUGUCGGUGCCUGGGCAAAUCGAGCUGGCAGUUUCGGAGAGCGAAGGCCUGACGACGUUCACGCUGGCGGUAUUCAAGGAUGUGUUCAGCAAGGAGUACGAGGCUACAGCGGCCGAUCUUCCGUACUUCUUAGCUCCGACCAAAUUGGGACACGGGGCCGAGAGAUUUGCGGCAGUUAGCGAGGUUGAUACCAAGAAAAUGGUGGACUGGGAGACGGUCAAGUAUGUGCAGGAGAACGAGCGGGUUCCGUACCGAUUCAACGAUGAACCGGACGCCUUCUUCCACGACAAGUUCGUCACGGACCCCUACGACGGCUCCCGCAAGUUCAUCCUACGUGGACGGCGCCACGACAUGAAACCGACCGACGCCGUACCACCCGGGAUCGUGGCGCCGGGACAUCGGGCGUGGCGUGUAACCUGCAAGGAACACGACAUCUCCAACUACAGUCUGAGCGCGUGGUCCAAGUCGCGCGCUCUGCUGGCCCCACGAGCGGAUCAGCCUGUAGUGGCGGCUGAGUUACUGUCGAUCCGGCGCAAUAUGCUGGACGACCGCGUGGACGAGCAAGAUUUGCAGCCACGGCCAUGCUUCCUGGUGCUGGAGCCCCUGAGGAUCUCUCCGCUGCCCGUGGACGUCGUCGCUAUGAUCUACCUGUUUCCGGCUAUCGUACACCGCAUUGACUCGAACCUGGUCGCCCUCGAAGCGUGCAAGAAGCUGGGUCUUGAGCUCCGGCCCGACCUAGCCCUCGAGGCAUUCACCAAGGAAGGCGACACGGGGGACCACGAGAACCAGAAUGAACACGAACACAACCUCGACAAGGUCGGCGCCGGGCAGGUCAACGCGCAGGGCGCCGGGCACAACUACGAGAGACUCGAGUUCCUCGGCGACUGCUUCCUCAAGAUGGCCACAACCAUCUCCAUCUUCACGUUGAUACCCGACAAGGGCGAGUUUGAGUACCAUGUUGAGCGCAUGCUCCUGAUCUGCAACCGGAAUCUGUUCAAUAACGCUUUGGACUUGCACCUCGAGGAGUACAUUCGCUCCAUGGCCUUUGACCGCCGUACCUGGUACCCCGAGGGACUCACCCUGAAACGCGGCAAGCACAAGGCCGACGCUUCCGGGGGACGCCAGCACGUCCUAGCCGACAAGACCAUUGCCGACGUGUGCGAGGCUCUCAUCGGUGCCGCCUACUUGACCGCCCAGGCCGGCGACCCCCCCGGAUUCGACCUCGCCAUCCGCACCGUGUCACUCCUCGUCCGAGACAAGAACCACGCCAUGGCGUCGUGGCCCGAGUACUACGCCGCGUACCAACCCCCGACCUGGCAGACCGCCCCAUGCAACUCGGCCCAGCUCGACAUGGCCGCCCGUUUUGCUGAGCGCAUGGGCUACACCUUCACCCACCCGCGCCUACUGCGCUCCGCUUUCCAACACCCGACCUACCCGUUCGCGUUCGAGUCCGUGCCGUCGUACCAGCGUCUCGAGUUUCUGGGGGAUGCCCUGCUGGACAUGGCCUGCAUCGACUUCCUGUUUCAUAGCUUCCCCAAGGCCGAUCCGCAGUGGCUCACCGAGCACAAGAUGGCCAUGGUAUCAAACCAGUUCCUGGGUUGUCUAGCCGUGUACCUAGGGUUCCACAAGUCGCUGCUGAUGUGCUCUGCUUCGCUGCAGGCUGAGGUGGGCGAGUAUGUUGCCGACGUCGAGCUAGCCUUGGAGGAAGCAAAGAAAAAGGCCGUUGCGGAAGGGAAGAGCGAAGACGACUUUGCGAAGGACUUCUGGCUGUCCAUCGGCAUCAACAGCAGCACUGCACCUGGCCCUUCUAGUCUCACCGCUGGUGCCGGUGGAGUUGGCCGUCGUCCUCCCAAGUGCCUACCCGACGUCCUCGAAGCCUACAUUGGCGCCUUAUUCGUCGACAGCUGCUACGACUUCUCCCUAAUCCGCCAGUUCUUCACCGCCCACAUCCGCCCUUUCUUCGAAAACAUGGCCCCCUACGAUACCUACGCCAACAACCACCCCAUCCCCUUCUUCGCGUCCCUCUUGCUCCAGCGCAUGGGCUGCACCGAGUGGCGCAUCCACGUCAAGGAGAUCCCAGCUUCGUCCGGUCCUGCGACGGGGGCGGCGGUGUUCAUGGCUGCGCCGCAGGUGGUGUGUGCUAUGCGCGUGCAUGGGUUGCCGCUGGCGCAUACAGUUGGGCAGAGUAGUCGGUAUGGGAGGGUGGCGGUUGCGAAGAAGGCGGCGAGGUUGUUGGAGGGGAUGGAUGUGGAGGGGUUUCGGAAGGGGUUUGGGUGUUCUUGUCGGGGGGUGGUAAACGGGGAGGGAAAGGGAGAGUAA